CUAUUGCCUCAAGCUACUAUUUUUGUAAAAACAGACCAAACAUAGGUGGAAGACUUUUUGGCGUACACCCUGAAAUAUUUUACUUGAUCUUUCAUUCAGAGCUCACCUUCUGGUCAGUGGUAGCUUCUUGUAAUUCUCGAUCAUCAGAGUUAGGUGAAGGCUUCAAACAAAGCACCAAGCGAAGGAAAGGUCAGUUUUGAGGCUUGGUUGUGCUAAUUCACGAAGUUAUUUCAAGCCAUGAACUCUCCAACUCAUCCCAUUUCAUCGCCUUCCUCUUCUUCUUCUUCCUCGCAUGCGUUUCGCCCUCCUCCAGUCCUCACUUAUGCUUCUCGUAAUUGCAAGUUUCCUAUGUUGUUGCCACAGGCAAUCUGUACUUCCCACAAGAUGUAUCGCUGUUCUAGGGUCCAUGUGGAAGCUCCUAUUAACUCUAGUCCCUUGAAAAAUUACAUAGUGACCAGAUGUUCUCAUGGAUGUUCUGAUGCACAAUCCCUGUUUUCCAAGCAGUCACUGAAGAAGCACUUGUUGCCAGCGGGAGCUUUAUCAACUUCAACAACUCAAUCUGUUUCUGAUACGCCUUUUGUUGGUGACGAUAAGAUUGGUGUAUUAUUGCUAAACCUUGGAGGUCCAGAGACUCUUGAAGAUGUGCAGCCAUUUUUGUUUAACCUUUUUGCUGACCCAGAUAUUAUACGGCUGCCAAGGUUGUUUGGGUUCCUUCAAAAGCCGUUAGCCCAAUUUGUGUCUGUUUUAAGAGCACCAAAGAGUAAAGAAGGCUAUGCUUCAAUUGGUGGUGGCUCUCCUCUUAGACGCAUAACUGAUGCACAGGCUGAAGAGCUGAGGAAAUCCCUUUGGGCAAAGAAUGUCCGUGCAAAAGUGUACGUUGGCAUGCGUUACUGGCAUCCAUUCACUGAAGAAGCUAUUGAACAGAUUAAAAAAGAUGGGAUUACAAAGCUUGUUGUUCUUCCACUUUAUCCACAAUUUUCAAUAUCAACCAGUGGUUCAAGCUUACGUCUCCUGGAGAGUAUAUUCCGCGAGGAUGAGUAUCUAGUCAACAUGCAGCACACAGUAAUACCUUCGUGGUACCAGCGUGAAGGAUACAUAAAGGCCAUGGCAAAUUUGAUUGAGAAUGAGUUAAAUGGUUUUGAGAACCCAAAGGAGGUGGUGAUAUUCUUUAGUGCGCAUGGAGUGCCGCUUGCAUAUGUGGAAGAGGCUGGUGACCCAUACAAGGCAGAGAUGGAGGAAUGUGUGGAUUUGAUUAUGGAAGAACUGGAGAAAAGGAACAUAACUAAUUCCUAUACCCUUGCUUAUCAGAGUAGAGUUGGACCAGUGGAAUGGUUAAAACCUUAUACGGAUGAGACGAUUAUUGAUCUUGGAAAGAAGGGAGUAAAAAGUCUGCUGGCUGUACCAAUUAGCUUUGUCAGUGAGCACAUUGAAACACUAGAAGAAAUUGAUGUUGAAUACAAAGAAUUGGCUCUAAAAUCUGGCAUAAAAAAUUGGGGCCGUGUUCCUGCUCUGGGAUGUGAAUCCACCUUCAUCUCAGACUUGGCAGAUGCUGUAAUUGAGUCCCUCCCAUAUGUUGGUGCCAUGGCAGUUUCUAAUCUUGAAGCGCGGCAGUCUCUGGUUCCACUGGGAAGCGUAGAAGAGUUAUUGGCAGCAUAUGACUCUCAACGCCGGGAGCUGCCGCCACCAGUAAUGGUAUGGGAAUGGGGUUGGACAAAAAGUGCUGAAACAUGGAAUGGAAGAGCAGCGAUGCUGGCUGUGCUUCUUCUGUUGUUUUUAGAAGUCACUACAGGCGAGGGUUUUCUGCACCAGUGGGGAAUAUUGCCCUUGUUUCGGUGAAUAACCCCCCCCCCCCGGCCAUUAAAAGGCAAUGGAGUCUAGUUUUGUUCGUAUAAGCAUGCCAUAUCUUUCCACACUAUGCUGCUUGAAAAUCAAGUGUUGAUUUUACCAAGUCAAGUUUAAGCACAGCACUGCACUAUUUGUGGAUGGGAUAUAAAGAGAGAAGGAAAAAUGUAUAGUAAAAUUGUAACAAAAAGCCUGUGUCUCUAAGUAGAGCUUCAGUUUUGUUAUAAGCAUUGUUAUUUGGGUUUCGUGACGUGGGAAACCUACACGGCUGCUUUUAGCCGAAAGCAGUUGUUGCAAUAAUGAUAUCUAUGGGGACAUUAUUAGCCGACGCCCGUGUAUCCAUUCCCAUGAAUAUUUAACUUAGAUAUUGGUUUAUACA